AUGCAAGAGUUAGGACCAUUCCGAGUAAACAGUGAUGGCAAAACACUUCAAACAAACAAAUACUCAUGGAACUAUGCUGCAAACGUAUUAUUCUUAGAAUCACCAACUGGAGUGGGAUUUUCAUAUUCAAAUAAGACAUCAAAUUACGACAACUAUGGGGAUAGGAGGACUGCUACAGACAACUACGUGUUUUUAAGGAACUGGUUGGAGAGGUUUGCAGAGUACAAGAAUUAUGAUUUCUACAUUGCCGGGGAGAGCUAUGCUGGCCACUAUGUUCCUCAGCUUGCUCACACCAUUCUCCACCACAACAACCGUCCCAAUUCCUCCUUCUUCAUCAACCUCGAAGGGAUCCUGAUAGGGAAUGCAGUAAUAAACGAUGAGACAGACAACAGAGGAACAUGGGAUUUCCUAGCAAGCCAUGCCAUAAUAUCAGACAAAGCAGCGCAUGCUGUUAGCAAAUUGUGUGAUUUCUCCGAGGUUGCAUCAUCAUCAACUGAUGAUGAUGAUGUGAACAAUGAAUGCAAAGCAGCAUCAAAUGAAAUAGAGCAAGACAUUGGUUCCAUCAGUAUAGACAACAUCUAUGCUCCUCAGUGCCAAGAUUCUAAUCUCACUUCCCUACCUAAGCCUCCUUCUAAAGUGGCAGACUCGUGUAUUGAGUAUUAUGUGGAUGCAUAUAUGAACCGGGUUGAGGUGCAAGAGGCAUUACAUGCCAAUGUCACGAAAUUGAGUCAUGACUGGGGACUUUGUAGGGAUGUCAUCAUCACCAAGUGGAAUGAUACGCCUUCCACUGUGCUUCCUCUUUUAAAAGAAUUCCUCAAUCACAGCCUUCGCGUUUGGGUUUUUAGGUAUUUGCUGUUUAAUUCAGAUUUAGUUUGA